UCCGCCGAUAAGUCAAUCUAAAACCAGACCCAAAGCCAUUCACAUGUCAGGCGCAUGAGCUCGGUGAUAAAGUGAUGGCGUAGUGAUCACUAAAACGACGCGUUGCUUAAUCGGGCUGACUCCAACGAGGCAUUGCGUAUGUCACCGAUGACAGUCCAAUAACAGCACCCUUUGAGUUCAACGUUCACCCCCUCUUUCUCUCUCUAUCCUUAGAUUAAUUUACUGAUUAUCAUUUUAGAAAACAGGUGAAUCCCAUCUGUUUCUGUUACAUUUUGUCAUUAUCUUAUCUUCUUCGUUUCUUGCUGUUUUGCUUUCCCCUUCCAGUCUUCGCCCUAUUCAUAUUUAUACGAUGCCAAUUGGUUAAUCCAGAAUUGAUCCCUUUAGCUUCGAUUGCCAGCUACCUUGUUGUGGUUUUGGAUUAAAUAAAAAGGAAUACAGCUUUGCUGUUCGUGCAGUGACCACUUCAUUUUUAAAGUUGUGUCGUGGAAUGGCUGAAAAAUCGUGUGUCAAGCGUCUUCAGAAGGAAUAUAGAGCACUAUGUAAAGAGCCAGUUUCCCAUGUUGUUGCACGCCCUUCCCCAAGUGACAUUCUUGAGUGGCAUUAUGUGUUGGAGGGAAGUGAAGGAACACCUUUUGCAGGUGGAUAUUACUACGGAAAGAUCAAGUUUCCUCCAGAAUAUCCCUACAAACCUCCUGGAAUCACCAUGAUUACUCCCAAUGGACGCUUUGGGACUCAAAAGAAAAUAUGCUUGUCUAUGAGCGACUUUCAUCCAGAAAGUUGGAAUCCAAUGUGGUCUGCGUCAAGCAUACUUACAGGGCUUCUUUCCUUCAUGAUGGACAACAGUCCCACCACAGGCAGUGUGAACACUACUGAUGCUGAGAAAGCACGUCUGGCAAAGGCUUCUCUAGCUUUUAAUUGUAAGAACUCAACCUUUAGAAAGUUGUUUCCAGAAUAUGUGGAGAAGUACAACCAGCAACAGCAUUCUGAGCAGAUUAUUUCAGAGCAGGUGCCACAGGAGGAGAAUUCCAGACCUGCAAUAGAAAAACUUGAUAAUUCAUUGGGAAACGUGGAAAGAGUUGAUACGAUGAAGGACACAAGAAGAAAUGCGAAGCAGACAAUACCAACUUGGGUGAUGUUGUUGCUGGUUUCCAUCUUUGGCAUCGUAAUGGCAUUGCCAUUGCUUCAACUUUGAUAUCUAAUCCGUGAAGUGAAAAUUUAGAAUGGUUAGCAGACGUUGGAGCUUUUGCUAGUUGAAGAACGCUUCUAUAAAACUCCUUAGUUGUGCCCUGAAUUCAACAGAACUUGUAUAGGGGUUAAUGCUGGGUAGGCCCACUUGGGUUUUUUUAUGUUACUAUUGGCAGUUUGUUAGUUAAUGCCCAAAAAAGAUGCAUGCUCGUGGCCUUAUUUCCUUUUCUUAAGUAGAUGAAAUUUCAUGUGGUACAAUGCAUUGCCCCUUUCUUUUUAGUGUCGAAGCCCUGUUACUAGACAGCUAUCCAUCUGUUGCCUGGAAAACGUGAUCAUGGUGAAACCAUACACUGAUGCCUGGCCGAAAGAGAAGGGAAGCUGCGUUUUGUUGUCUGUAAAUAUGAAACCAUGAUACAUGCCUUUGUGCUUUGUUGAUAAUGAUAUUGUUGUUGGUCAA